CGGCGGCCGCAGCCCCGCACGGCCCCGCACGGCCCCGCACGGCCCCGCCAGACACGGCCCGGCCCCCAGCAGAGCGGAGGAGAGGCUGAGGGCUCGCCAUGCCGCUGGUGAAGAGGAACAUCGAGCCCCGGCACCUGUGCCGGGGGGCCCUGCCCGACGGCGUGACCAGCGAGCUGGAGUGUGUCACCAACAGCACCCUGGCUGCCAUCAUCAAACAGCUGGGCAGCCUCAGCAGGCACGCAGAGGACAUCUUUGGAGAGCUGUUCAAUGAAGCCAACAGCUUCUACAUGAGGAUGAACUCACUGCAGGAGAGGGUGGACCUGCUGGUCAUCAAGGUGACGCAGCUGGACUCCACCGUGGAGGAAGUUUCGCUGCAGGACAUCAACAUGAGGAAAGCCUUCAAGAGCUCCACGGUGCAGAACCAGCAGGUGGUGUCCCGCAACUCCAUCCCCAACCCGGUGAUGGAGAUGUACCAGCGCUGCGACAAACCCCCGCCUCUCAACAUCCUCACACCCUACAGGGAUGACAAGAAGGAUGGCCUCAAAUUCUACACCGACCCCUCCUACUUCUUCAACUUAUGGAAGGAGAAGAUGCUGCAGGCAACAGAGGACAAGAGGAAGGAGAAGCGCAGGCAGAAGGAGCAGCGGCUGGUGGAGGACUCCACCCGGGAGGUGAAGAAAGUGAGGAAAGCCCGCAACCGGCGCCUGGAGUGGAACAUGAUGGCGUAUGAUAAAGAGUUCCGGCCGGAUAACAGGUUCUCACCAUCCCCCUAUCACAUGGCAUCAUCGGAAGGAUCACUGUCCCCAGAUAAUAGGUCCUACGCGUCGGACGCUGCCGACCACUCGUACCCGGCCAGCCCCAACCACCCAGCCCAGCUGCUGGCCCCCGCUGCCCACCUGGCCCCGGCGGAGCACAAGGAGGGGCUGGCGGCCCCCACGCCCCCCGAGCACGGGUUCAGGCCCGCGGGCAGCCGGCAGAACAGCCUGACCCGCCUGCAGCAGCCCCACGCGCCGCCGCCCCCCGAGGCCGUGCUCAACGGGCCCAGAGCCCACCUAGUCAAGGAUUACGGGCCGCAGCCGGUGCCCAUGGCCGAGUACUUCGUGCCGCCGGCCCCACCGCCGCCGCCGCCCGUCAUCCCAUCGGCCCAGACCGCCUUCGACAGCCCCAUCUCGGCUCCCCCCGCGCUGGGCCCCGGCUCGGCCGCAGCCCCCAACUACGCCCCAUCGCCGCCCCCCGCGCCCCCCGGGCCCUACUCGGCCUCCCCGCCUCAGAGCGGGCCCAUGGCCCCCCCGGUGGCGCCGCCGCCGCCGCCGCCCGGGCCCCCGGCCGUGUCCGCCUCGCCCGCGCACUCCGCAUCGCCGCCGGCCCCCGCCGAGCCCCGCAAGCCGCAGGUGCCGCUGAUGCCCAUGAGCGACGCCCGGAGCGACCUGCUGGCUGCCAUCCGCAGGGGAAUCCAACUCCGGAAGGUGCAGGAGCAGUGGGAACAAGAGGCCAAGAAAGAGCCCGUGGGCAAUGACGUGGCCACCAUCCUGUCGCGCCGCAUCGCCGUGGAGUACAGCGAGUCCGACGACGACUCGGAGCUGGACGAGAACGAGUGGUCGGACUGAGGGCCCCGGCUGGGCGGGCUCGGGCUCCUGCUCCCCUCCAGGUGUGUAUGGGCACCUUCCCCAGGGGGCUCCUGCUCCCCUCCAGGUGUGUAUGGGCACCUUCCCCAGGGGGCUCGGCUCCUGCUCCCCUCCAGGUGUGUAUGGGCACCUUCCCCAGGGGGCUCCUGCUCCCCUCCAGGUGUGUAUGGGCACCUUCCCCAGGGGGCUCGGCUCCUGCUCCCCUCCAGGUGUGUAUGGGCACCUUCCCCAGGGGGCUCCUGCUCCCCUCCAGGUGUGUAUGGGCACCUUCCCCAGCGUCGCUGCCCCGGUCAGGAGCUUUGCUUUUACACUAUGUCCAAAACCCUUCGGGCAGCAGCAGCAGCACUGGUAGGAUACACCUUGGAGGCAGUGAGAGCAGAAAUUAGCAGCACCUUCACAGUUAAUGACUUCCAAAAUUCUCUGAAGGCAGGUUAAUAGAUUUACACCUGGAGCAAGAGCAGAGACUGGCCCUGGGUGUGCUGUGUGAGAGGAGGGAGCCCCAGAGGCAGCAGUGCUUUUCCAGCUAAACGUUAAUUGUGAUAACGAGAAGCUCCUGGAGAAGAAGCCUUGUUUGCACAGCUGGUGCCACCACGGGAGCUCAGGGGUGGCAGUGUGGGUUUGGGGACACUGCUGCUGGUGGUUUUGGGGUCAGGCAGCUCCAAAGGCUGGGUGUGGGCAGGAGCCUCCUUCCCUACAGAGCAAUGCACCACAUUUAGUAGCAGUUACACCCUUGUGUUGUUGCUCCCUGGAAAAUCAUGGAAUGCUUUGGGUUGGAAGGCACCUUUAGAGCCCAUCUAGUCCAACCAGAACUGGGACACCCUCCACCAGACCAGCUUGCAUGAGCAGCCCAAGGUGUUGGUGACCUCAGCCUGUAUCCACCCUCAGAGCUGGUUUUCUAGGAGCAAAGGGAGAAGGCAAGGCUGGAGUGGCUGGCAGGGAGAUCCAGCCUUGUCUGGGCCUGUCCUGCCUCUCCAGCAAAGGAGCAGAGCUGUCCAGGGAGCUCCCCCAAGCCCAGCUCUCCUUGGCCUUAGCAUGGCACCAUUUCAGUGUGAUUUGGGAAAAAGUGAAUCAGACAAUCUGCUGCUUUCAGGUAAACUCUCAACUUGCACUUUGCAGCCCCACAAAUUGUGCCUGUACAAUUGGGAUCAGCUCAGAGCCAGGCACUGAUUCCCCCUGCCUGAUCCUGCUCCUUCCCCUGUCCCAAGUUUGGACACUGAUGGAGGAGCUGGGUGACCAGCCCCUGUUUCAGCACUGAAAACACCUGUUUCAGCACUGAAAAUACCUGUUUUCCUAUCAAAACAGAGCCUGAUCCAUAGAAGACUUUUCACAGAGCUACAAAGAGAGGAGGAGGCACAGAGGAAGGCAGAGCAAAGGGGUGGGAAAUACUGGAAAUAUCCCAGGCAGGUGUGAAAACCUGCAGAGAGCUGGGAGAGGUUCCCCACCUGUGGAAAACAGGCCAGCACCAGCUGUGGAUUGGCCACUAUGGUGUCCCCAGACCCUCUCUUGUGUUCAGCUCUACCACAAGUCCCUGAACAGGGAAAGCUGAGCUCUGUGCCCAGUUCCUGCCUCUCCCAGCAGCCCUGCAGGUGAUGGCUGCUUCAGCAGGAUUUUGGCUAUGUAGAAGCAGCCAGACCUGCAGAAGAGAUGGGAGGAUAUGGCUGAGAUCCAAAUGCUGAUGGCUAAAUUCACAAAAUCCUAGAGUGAUUUGGAAUAAAAGGGACCUUAAAGACAUCUCAUUCCAGCCUCCUGCCAAGGGCACCUUCCACUAGAGCAGGUUGCUGAUAUCCUGGGAAGUGCUGGUGUUGAGCAAGGUCCCAAACAUCUGCUCAUUUGCCCCCAGUGCAAACCCCUCAUGGCCAGGUGUGGUGAAAUGCCACCAGGAGCUUUCCCUUCUCUUGUCCCUUGGAUGUGACACCUUCCACACCUCCACACCCAGGCUGGGAGCUGCUGAGUGGGCUUGAGCAGGGCUGCAGAAGGGAUUUGGGAUGUGGGAGAGGGCAAGGCAAGAAGCAGCAGGACACAGGGAAUAACUCAUCUGCAGAACCCAAGGAGCAGGAGUGACCAGAGGGCCAGGGAGACACCUUGCCCCACAGGUGGCCAGGAAAUUCCUGGUGCACACUGAGAGCUCUUGGUUCUGGUGUUGACCCUCUGAGAUGCAGGGAAAUGGCUGCAGGAGGUUUUUACAGAGCCCCUGCAACGCCCAGGAGCUGCUUUCCUUGGGAAGGCAGCUGGGCUUUGGCUGGAGCAGGUUUGAAGGAGGCAGUGUAAAAAUUCAGGAGUGCAAAAAUUCAGGGCAACAUUUAAGGUGGAGUUUCUGGUGGAGCAUUAUUAACAUAGAUACAAUCACAAAACAGUGUGUAAGCAAAGAGAAAUUUGGUUUAUUUGGGCAAUUUAGGAAGAGUAAUAACCCUUUGUGUGAGAGAGAAAACAGCAGGGGCUGGUGGAGCUGCUCUUGUGUGUUCCAGAGGUGGAGGGGCUGCAGAGCCACUGUGGGGACCCAGCAGAGCUGAAGAGCCCCCCUGGGCCUGGGAGGGGGCUCAGGGACACAGGGGACUCACCCUGGGCUCUGUGGCUGUCCCAGACUGCAAAGCUGAGCCAGUCCUGCUCUGUGGUAUUUUCAGGGUCUCCAGGACGAAGGAGGAAUUGAGAAUUUGACUCUAUGUUCUUACAAGGCUAAUUUAUUAUUUUAUGUACUUAUAUUACAUGAAAGAAUGCUAUACUAAAACUAUAGUAAAGAAUAGAGAAAGGACACAGACAGAAGGUUUAACAAGAUACUGCUGAAAAACUCUGUGACUUCUUCCAGAGUCCCAACACAGCUGGACAGUGAUUGGUCAUGAAGUAAAAACCAUUCACCUGUUGGAUAAACAAUCUCCAAGGCAGCAAAACACAGGAGAAGCAAUCAGAUAAUUAUUGUUUUCAUUCUUCUCUGAGGCUUCUCAGCUUCCCAGGAGAGAAACCCUGGUGAAGGGAUUUUUCAGAAAAUGUGACAGUGGCACUGGUGAGAGCUGGAGAGCAGCCCAGGGCCCCUGAGAGAUCCAGUCCCUCCUUUCCCUGCCCCAGCUGCUCUGUGUGUGUCACAUGGGGCUGUGGCAAUUGGGGCAGGACCCUGUGGGUGUGUGGCACUCAGGGCUGUCCCAUGGCCCUGUCACCCUCUGCUGGGGCUGGACUGGUGCUGUGGCUUGGCAAAGGGCUUGACAAUCACAGGAAGGUUGGGAGGGACCCUAAAGGGCAUUUUUAGGUCACUCAGGCCACAGCUGCAGAGCAGAUGCACAGCUGGCAGCCCCAGGGGGGGCAGGAAAGGCUCAGCCCCAUUCCCUCACAUCUUUAUGUUCUUACACCACGUCCCCACUGGUAUAAAUCACCCAUCCCAGCAGCCCCAGGGGGGCAGGAAAAGCUCAGCCCCAUUCCCUCACAUCUUUAUGUUCUUACACCACAUCCCCACUGGUGUAAAACAUCCAUCCCAGCAGGCCCAGCCCAUCCUGCUCUGCUGCAGGAAAUGCCCUGAGAGCACAAACCCAGCUCAUAUUCUCAGCUCCAUGGCCUCCCAGCUGCUUGGGAACAUCCCCACCCUCCUCUCCAGGGAGCAGAACUGCCAUGGACACCCUCCAGCUGUCCUGGUAGCAGGGGUGGGGUCCCCCAUCCUCACCCCAGAGAGGGGGAGCUGGUGGAGAAGUGACCUCAGGGGGGUUUGGACACCCAUUCCUGGCCUGGCCAUGGCUCACCCAGCUCUUCCCAACCCUCCCAGCAGCACCAGGGAUCAUCAGCUGGGAAAGGACCUCCAGGCUGGAGCAUGAAUGCCACAGCCCCAUGAGCCAGCCCAUCCCCAGGGGGACUCAGCUCCACCACCUUCAUUUGGGGCAGAAUCACCUGCUUUUUGCUCAGGUGACCUCUGCAGCCCAACAGAAGUGACACCAAUUGCUUGGCUGCUCUGGGCUGUGCUGCUGGGACUGUGCCAUGCUAAUUAACACUGUCUGUCUGUCCCACAUGCUGCACACUCAGUGGUUUGUACAUAUGUGCCUAUUUCUGUGCCCGCUCCCCAAAGUAGGCCAUGCUGAGUUACACAACCUGAAAUGCUCAAAUCCUCAUGUGGGCUGAUAUAAAAGUGAAUAUUUAAGUAUUUUAUCUAGCUUGGCAGACAUUAAAAAAUACAAUCCAGGUCACAGAUGAUUGAAUUUCUCCUGUCUCAAGAGUGCCAGAAUUGGGCUGAGGAGGUUCUCCUGUACAUUAAGGUAUCGUGUUCCCUGCUGAAAUAUAGCAGUGGCAUUUCAUUGCCAAAGGAGAAUCACAGAGUGCCAAACAUUUAAUGAGCCCAACUGAUCUCCUGAGAGCUCCUCUUUCCAUUUUAUCUGCUUCCCCCUACUUGCCAAUUUAUGGGCAUAGAUUAAAAAUAAUAAAUAUGGCUGUCAACGGCAGGAGGAAAUGAAAUAAAAUAAAAUAAAUAAAAUAAUAAAUAUGGCUGUCAACAGCAGGGGGAAAUAUCCUGUGUCCAUACAAACGGGCUGGGCUGGAGUCAGUGGAACAGUUAAUGAGUAAAUUUGGGUUCUGCUUGGAGAUGUCAAUGGGAGCUGUCAUCCUUGAGGUCCAUCAGGAGCCUCUUGGACAUCCCAGGUGCAUCUGGAAAGGGACUUUACAGGGAGCACUGUGCCUGUGGUACAGCUGUGAAGCUACAGCAGGAGUGAAGGCUGGUUCUGCU